UCUGAUAAAAAAUUCCAUCGUUAACUUAUUACUUUUUGUUAAUAUCACACCUAAUCCAUUUUACUUUCACAGCAAAUACACAGUGACUUUACAAUGUGGCUUACAAAAAAUCCAAUUAUUAUUUGCAAAUUAUUUGGUUUGGCUCCCUUCUCUGAAAAAAGAACAGUACAACUAAUACUUAUCAUUUACUCGUACCUCUUAUCGUUGACGCUAGUUAUUACUUACAUAUUUACUUUUAGUCUCGAAAUUGAAGACAAUGGUCGUGUUUUAUCGAACGUUGCGAGUUCUAUUUUGUUUGCAUCACAGGUUCUUGCUCAUUUGGUUAACCUUAUUGAAUCUUCAAAUAAACAAUUAAGUCAAACACAAUUUUUUGUUAAAAUAAAAGAAUUUGAUGAUUUAUUUCGCCUUGAAUUGCAUUACAGGGUGAAUACUCAAAAUAUAGAAAAAAAAUUGAUUCGGAAGUAUUUUGUAGUCGCUAUUAUAAUUAUUUUCUGCUAUUUGGUUAACAUGUAUUCAGUUUCAACACAUUUAUAUUUCUAUGGAGGUUUUGCGUCAGUUGCAACUCUUAGAAUACGUUUUGUUCAAGAAGAAGUUUACUUAGAAUUGUUAAAUGCUCGCUUUGACAUCCUUUCAACAAAACUUCAACAAAUUAUCAUCUCAAAAGAUGGCAAAAAUUGUGGUUUUCUCGAUAUGAAUUAUGAAUUAAUUGGGCACCCAAAGAAGUUAAUGUUAUUGAAAGAAUCUUUCACAAAGUUAUACGAAGCUGUGGAGUAUUUUAACAAUAGUUUCGGACUAUCUUUGCUUUUCUCCAUCAGCAGUUAUUUUCUUGAUUUUACCUGCAACAGUUAUUGGCUUCUUUUGACUAUGGAUAAUAAGCGACCGUAUUACAUGCUUUGUGAUUAUUCGACAACAUUGAUUCAACUCUGGUUGCAGUUGAGUAUGAUAUGCCGGACUUGUGAUAAAUGCUCUGAAUAUGGCAUCCGGACAAAGAACCUUUUACAAAAAUUGUUUAGAGUCUUAAAACAUGGCAAGGCAAAGGCGUCCUUAGAACAAUUUUUUCUACAUGUAUAUCUAAGACCGAUAUCAAUUCAUGCUACUUACUUUUUUAAAAUAAAUUUGGUUCUAUUGGGAGCGAUUUUGUCAUCGAUAAUUUCCAGUUUAGUUAUACUUAUACAAUUUUUGGUUAUAGAGGAUGAAAUGUUUAAGAUUCAAGUCAAUUAAUGUCUGCAUUAUAAUAAAGAAAUUAUUUUUACAAUAAACUCUUGAGUCUUGAUGUUGCACAUUUUUUGUUGGGUUUUCAGCAAAGAAAUAAGUGCACUUUCAAAGAAAAACAGGACCAUUAAAAGAAAUUAGAAAAUUAAUACGUAAUAAAGACAUUUUGUAAUUUGGAUUUUUUGAAUAAGAGGUUUAAGAAUGAUUUGGUAAUUAAAAUUAAGUUCAGAUUUAAAUAACUUGGCAAUUGUUUUUUCU